AUGGCUAUCAUUAAAUCUCCAACUAUCACUCCAGGUACUGCAUUGAUCAUCGGUGGUGUUUGCUACGGUUCGUGGGCUAUUUGGAUGUCAAGAAACUACUUCAAGAACUCCAGUAUCAGAAAAAACUACAUUGAUGCCGAUAAGGAAUAUUUAAGAGUUCAUCCUAUGCAAAAGAUCCAAUACGAAGGUAACUACGAUGCUAAAUAG